CCUGCCAACCCAACUAAACAUAACCUUAGAAUUCGAUAACUUAUUUCAAAAAGUAUUAACAAAAACUAUGACCUUGUAUCAUUUUGGGAACUGUGUGGCAUUAAUAUAUGUCCCAUACUAUCUUACUUAUAAAUAUUCGGGACUAUCAGAAUAUGGGGCUUUUUGGAAAUGUAUCCAAGCAGGUUGCAUCUACAUGUUUACCCAGCUUGCGAAAAUGUUGAUUUUAGCAACGUUUUUUCCUGAUAAUGUGUCAGAUUUGGGAAGUGAUGUUCUUGGGGAGUUUCUAAAGUCUACAGUUGACUUGGCUGAUUUGGUGGGGCUGUACAUUGUUCUAGCUGGAAUUCCUGGAAAAGGUCAUAGUAAAGUAUUAACAGCGGGUAUUGGGUGGGCUACUGCUGAAGUGAUAUUAUCACGGGCUUUGCUACUUUGGGUGGGGGCCAGAGGGGCUGAAUUUGACUGGAAAUACAUCCAGAAAUGUCUUGAAUCAAACGUAUCAUUGGUUCAACACAUUUCAACAGCAACUUUAAUUUGGUUGUGGUCAAGACAUGACUUGAGAAGUAAUUUUAAACCAGUGGUUACAGCAUUGUUAGUGUUUUCUUCUUACAAACCACUUUUGCUAGAUUUAUUGUUGAAAUUUUUACUAGCAGGGCCGUGGGUGGGUCUUUUCGUUAAAGCUGUAGUCACAUUAAUUGUUGGAGCAUUUACUUUGACAAUUUAUGCAGGGUUAGCUCAAGUCAUCGGUAUUUUUUAAAAGUCUGUAUACAUUUAUCAUACAAAUUUAUUUUCUAGACAAAACGUAAUUUUAAUUUUGUCAAAACAAAACUAAAUCACAUGAAAAUGUUAAUACUUUAGUUAUCAUUUACAUGUACAUUUUCACUGAAGGUUAAUAAACUGAAUAAGUAA